AUGCGUGGCCCCACCUGGGUGGGUGCUGUGCUGUCCCUUGGGGUACAGCUCCGAGCACUGUGGCUGGUGACAGCCAUGGAAGUUCACACUGCCAAGGAGGUGGUUGCUGUGAAUGGCACAAACCAACGCUUGAAAUGCACCUUUUCCAGCAGCCACCCCAUCAGUGAGCAGCUCUCAGUGACCUGGAACUUCCAGCCCGAGGACCUGAGCUCUCAUGAGUCUGUGCUUUAUUACCAGAAGGAGCCUUACAAACUGACUUCGGGGCGGUUCAAAGACAGAGUCACCUGGGAUGGGAACAUCGAGAGGAAUGAUGUUUCCAUCAUGAUCUGGAACCUGCAGCCCACUGACAACGGCACCUUCACCUGCCAGGUGACAAACUGGCCAGAUGUGUAUGGCACCAUUGGGGAAGUGAGACUGCGAGUGGUGCAGAAAGUGCACUUCUCAGAAAUCCAUUUCUUGGCUGUGGCCAUCGGAUCUGCCUCUGUCCUGAUGAUCAUCGUGGUGACAGUUGUGAUUAUCUGUCGACAACAUCAGAAGAAAGUGCAAGAGAAGAGGAUGGAGGUGGCAGACACUGAGCUUAAAGAAAAGGAGAAGCUGAAGAUGAGAGAGGAAAAGGAAGCCAGUCCACUAGAAGACUAG